AGUAAAAUUCUUUCGAAUCGAAAUCCGGAUCCGGCCUCGUACUCGUAUAGGCCAGAAAAGCGAGAAUUUGAAAAGAAGUUUCGAAAAGUUCGCGACAUCCUCGCACAGCCAAAGUGAAAGCGAAACGAGAAGCGAAGAAGAAACUGGACGGGAACAUGGUUCGAUGUUUAUCGAACGCGUACCGCUCAACCGCAUGACCUCUAACGUACUCCCUCGAGAACCAAGGGAGGAAAUGAGAAGAAAGUUAUCGAAACAUGCCAAGGGUUUCGCUACCGACGAAUAAUGCCACCUUUCAUGCGUUCCUCUCUUACGCUCGAACAAACAAAAACAACUGCGAUUCAAAGUGUUAUUUCCAUCGAAAUACUUUGACUCAAUCGCAAACAUUGUCCAGCUGAUUAAUCACCCUUCCGAAACGGCAAGUGCACCUCGGAGAGAAGUAAGGCAAUCGACGAUUACGCGGGGAAUCGUCAAAGUUCAAGAAUCGUUGCAACGAGAAGGAUUUAACAUAGUCGAAAGGAAAAGCUCGACGAGCAAUGGGCCCGUCGAUUUCGAUCGAUUACUCGUAAAUAAUUCAAGAGCAACAGAAGAGCAGGAGUUUCUCGUGCUAGAGGUCACCAUGGCAGUCGACAAUCCUUCGUAUUUCUCGUUGUCGAGCGGUGCAGCGUCGUCGACAACCGCGACGACGCCGACGUCGACAACGAGCGUAGCCUUUUCACCGCCGUCUAAGGGUCCCAGUGGCCUGACGGCCCUCUUCCGACGUCGGCCCUGCAAGAUGGGCACGACCUCGUCCGCUAGCGUUCUUUCCGCCUCGACGACCAGCACCCUAAUGCAUCAGGAGAGCAAUCGUAGCAGCGCGUCGGUCGCCUCGACGCCGUCGACGCCCACGGAGGAACGCGGCCCGAUGCUUUCCAGAAACGGAAGCAACGCGGGCCCAUCGUCCUCCAACCAAAGGAGGAGCUUCAGGAACCUGUUCAGGUCCGUCAGCGCCAACGCGGAAAACGAGAGGACGCAACAGUUCCUGAAGGGUGAUCCGCGACCCUCGGAUGUCGCGCCUCCCUCUCCGUAUCUACCUCACAGGUCGCACUCGCACUCGGAAAACGACAGAAGGCGACCAGGACGAAGCAGAGCGGUUCUAAAGUCUGCCAGCGAGCUUCUGUCGAACGAUAUGGUGUAUUGCGGGCUAUCCAGAGACAGCCACCGUCACGACAAUAACGACGACGAUGACGAUGAUCCGGACUCGAGCGAGGUUUUCAUCGGUGUCGAUGACGCCAGGUACUACAACCUAUCAGCCACCCUGCCAGCGGCAGGUUCAGCGGCAGCAGGCCAAAGAAGACACUCGAUCGGCACCUUUCUGGGCAAAGAUCGAGGCUCCUCUACCAAAGAUAAUGUCAAGAAACAACCCAAUGAUUCCACCGUCCUGGUGGAACCCGACACGAUGGCACCACCCGCGACAGUCGUGGACACCGUCGACGGUGUCCACGCCGAGGACAGACCUGAAAGGUCCUGCAGUAGGACCAGACGUAGACGACAUCGUAGUUCAUCUAGCAGAGGCUCCCGAUCGGCAACUGGACUUUCAAAGAUCGAAUCGCACCCCGAAGAUGACGUGCUGUUCGUAUCCAGCAGGGACAGCGAAAUUUCGAGCUUGUGGGUCAACUAUCUGACGGCAUGUUUCGAACAGAUCAGCAGGCAGCAAGGCCGGCCGCCUUUCAAGGUUGGUCAUAUCACGGUCGAAGAAACGAUUCCAUCGGGCACCGAGGACAGAAUCAGAUCGGCUCGUCUGCAGAUCGUGGUCGUGUGUCCCGUACUCUUGGAGCGUAUUCAGAGUCGGCCAGAACACGCGACAAAUCUCUCCAGGCAUCUGCUCGCUGAAAAGGUCCUCGCUAUGAUGUUAGGUGUCCACGACAGUCACAUCAACGACGCUCACAAGUCGAUCCUGGUAUCGUACAAUCACUGGCGGAAAUUUUUCGUCAAGGAUCAGGACGAGACUUUUGUCGGUGAAGUUUUGGGUGCAGCAGUUGGAAUCCUCGGGAGCACGCCGCCGCCAGCAUUGAGGAGCGAGAAAACUGCGUUUUCGGUACACCCGAAGAAAGUUAAACUGGGUCACAACCGAAUAAUAGCCUUGCUGAACGAUCCGUUACGACCGGAGGACAACGUCUCGGUUAUCGUGGAUCGGUGCGGGGAGGCGAUCGACAUCGGCCACGUGAAAAGAAGAAACCCUUACGCCCUGCAGUUCGCCAUUCCCGAGAGGUGUCUGGAAGUGUCGAUGCUGGUUGGCGUCAGAAUAUCCAGAAACGGUUGUCCGCUCGGUGUGCGACAGGUCAAGUGCGAGAGCAGGCUCAGAGAACUGGAUCAGAUUCUCAGGGCUCACGACAACCCUCUGGAGUUCAUGUGCCAGACAUUCGGCUUCAAUCCCGGCGAUCGCGAGCAGUUGGACAACUGGAUGGUCCACGCGUUUCAACGAAACGUGCCGCCGCACUUUAGCCUUUUGUCUACGCCCAGCGGUGUCGUGUCCGCUCAAAAAGUUCACUCGAGAAGGCUGCUAGUCGGUCCCGAAGAGAAUCCAACGUUGCUGCAUUUCGCUGCUCGUUUCGGACUGGAAAGACUAGCCUGGCAGUUGCUCGAGUGUCCAGGCGGCGAGAUUGCGUGCGACCUGAGGAACGUGUCGGAACUGACACCUGCAGAUCUCGCGGAUCAAGCAGGACACGCGAGAUUGGCGCAUCAACUUCGCGGCUACAUGCAAAUGAACGAGUUCACCAACAUGUAUAGCUACCUGAAAGUGAUAAGCGAGACCGCGACAGAUGAUCCGGCGAGCGCGGACCCAUCGUUGACUAACGCUACGACCGAUUCCACGAACGAUAAAGAAGAUUAUUGUCGUCCACGACCUUUGAGCGAAGCUUAUUCGGUCCCACCAGCCGCGAGACCGAUAACGUCGCUAAUCUUGCCAGGCCAAUUGGCUGUAACCCCUAGCCCGACUACCAGUAACCCCAUCGAGGCAAAUUAUUCCAUCGUACCGGCUCCUACUCCUGUUGUCGUCGGUCCCUCGACUCCGACAGCUACGACCACCACCCAGAACGGCCUCGAACUCCCUCUUCAAGGUUACAUGAAAAUGCAUCCUGCGGGACCCAGAACACCUACGUCGAACGUAGCAAGCCAGCAGCCAUCCCGAACAGCGACACCCACGCAUGGACGUCAAGAGUCUCACUCCGGUCACGCUCGAGAAGAGAGCAGUCAGCCGUGUUCCUACGGCAGGACGACCUCAAAUUCCAGCGGAAAAUCGAGAGAACCGUCGGGACCUCAGGACGAGCUGCUGGAAAUCAUAAACGAUUUCAAAAACAACGUGUUCACGAUCACCGAGGUCGAGAGGCUCGUGGAGAACUGGAGGAAUCGCAACGACGUUCAACAAAGCUUCAAGGACAAGCAGAGACAGCUCACCGCGAUGAGAGAGGAAUACGAGAGGAUACAAAAGAGGAUCAAGGACGAAAUGAAGGCGCCGACUCCUUUCGAUAGGAUCCGAAAGUUCUUCUCGAAAGGAAAGAAGGAUACAAAAGACUCGACUAACGGAACCGACGAUUCGUCCACAGCCAGCAAAACGGAAACUGUUAACGGAGGACUGUCGGAUCGCCGACCUGUUAGCAGCUUGAGUCUUGGAAGCGUUUCGAGUUCGUCGUCGUCUGGUAGAAUGAGCACUGUUAGCGGAUGCAGUGGAGCCAGCUUAGGAGACAGUGGAACUCACUCCGACACCGAAGAUCGAAGACUUCAGAACGCAAGGGAAGAGAGGCCAGGACUAAUGUCCUACGAAGUACCACCCGCUCCUAAACCAUUCACGGGUAGAUAUUCACCUGCGCUCAGGUAUUCCCCGUCGCCUCGUUCCUCGACUGGAAACGAUCACGAUCUACGACCAUCGCAACCACCCUCGAGGUCCGACGACACCGAAUAUUACAUCGCCUUUCCCCCCUCAGGAUUGCCCAUUCACUCAUUCAAGACAGAGGACUCGCUGAAGGAACCAAAGACGCCAAGCUCUCCGUGCGAUCACCCGAAAUACCUAGAAAUGAUUCAGAAUUCCGGGCCAGCGAUGGCCGAGGCUCCACAGCCCGAUCCGUCCACCAGGCAUCCCACGAAUAGCUACGCCAACGUAGUAGAUCCAUCCCCGUUGAAUUCAGGGCCCGUGCCACCACCCGGCAUGUGCAUUCCCACGAAUUAUUACAUGAACGUGGCAUCCGCCUGCGUACUUCCCUUCCCCGAAACCGUUCAACGACAGACUUUCGAAUCCUCGAAAAACUCGACGACGGUCGAUGCACCCUCGCAACAGGACGAAAUCAAUGUUCUCGUCGACGAUCAAGGUCAAGCCACGAAUUUCACGUGCAAAAGUAACGAGGAGUACGUGGAAACGGACCUGGUCAACUGUCACGACGUGGAUGUCACGGACUCUGGCAGAAUGCCAGACUACAUGAACGUCAGUCUCUCUCAGGAUCUCAUGGUAGGCCCUAAGAAGGUGCCUGCGCCCCCUGUACCUCCGCGAGCUGCCACGAAGAAGUAGAAGAACACGAGGCGAUAACCUCUCUUCGUUUUUCCCUUGGACGAUCGUUGUCCGUGGUUCGUUAAAUAUUCGAACAAUGUAAUCGAACGACGUUGGUGUUGUUCGUAAAUGUUAGU